AUGCUUUUUCAUCCAAAGAUCUCUCAGAUUUUUCAUCGCAAGAAAUCUCAGAAUGGUAGUCAGCAACAUAACCGCUGUGUCGAUAAAGAUGAGCAAAUCCUAAAUAGAGCCAUCGCUAAGCUAUUUCCAUCUCACCAGCAACAAAAUCAUACAACGGCAGCAGCAACAAUAAGGCAACCUGACUAUGCGGCAAAUCCAUCAAAAGCUGUGAAACAACGUUACUCCAGUCAAACACUUAACCAUAAAAGGUCUCAGCCUCAGUGGCUUACUCUUCCUCACCGCCGAUCCAACCGACACACCUCUUGUCAAGCGGCUUUCGCCACAGGCAGUAACAAGCAAGAACUCGUCACCUUGGAUGCUCUGUCGCGUACUCAUUCGUCUCAUCAAUUCGAAGAGUAUAUGACGCAUACUCCGGAAAGCAGUACAAAAGUGGAAAUUCCAUCAAAUUAUGCUGUCACACCAUCCAUGAUGUCCGUCCUCACACCUAAAUCUUCCAUGCAUCAUUUGUCAUGGUGGGAUGAAAAUGAAAGUUCAAUCUCCACUACACGCACAUCGAUCGACUCUUAUCCGCGCAGCCCUGCCCGAUCUUGGCCUACCGUCGACAAGGCGUCUUCCUGUCACUCGAGCUUACGAAAAAGCACCAGCAGUAUGGUCAUCCACAAGCCCAUUCGAUUAGCCGAACAAGUCAAAUCGGUGCUCGGAGAUGCCAUCUAUCAAGCCGAUCAAGAAAUGGAACUUUGA